UGAAGUCGAGGCUGGGAAGGGGCGGGGAACAUUGGGCUGUGGCCUGGCCUCUGCCUCGGCCCGGGCACAGUGCCUGCUGUGGCCUCGCCAAGAAGGGCUGGAGCGGCCACCUGCUGCCUGCUCUGGCCAUGCUUGUUCCUGGAAAGUACCGGCUCUUGUGGGGCUUUGGGCUCAGCUACCCUGUCCUGGGCCAGACCACCUGCUAUUCCCCAGGGACCAUGAAACGCUGCCGCGUGCCCAGCAGCAGUGAGGACUCGGAUGCUAAUGGCAGCCUGUCCACCAGCUGGUCCCAGAGCUCCCGGGCCUCGCACAGGAGAGGCUCCUGCUCCCGCCAUGAGGACCGGAAGCCAUCAGAGGUGUUUCGCACAGACCUCAUCACGGCCAUGAAACUGCACGACUCAUUCCCGCUGAGCCCCGAUGACUACUACGUGCUGGCUGACCCCUGGCGGCAGGAGUGGGAGAAGGGGGUGCAGGUGCCUGUCAGCCCUGCCACCAUCCCGCAGCCCGUGGCCAGGCCCAAGAAGCCCCUGACAGCUUCAGCUGAGGCACCUGUGCUGGGCUGCAUGGACGUCCGCGCUCUGGCUGAUGGCACGUGUCGCUAUGAUCUCAAUGACGUGGACGCUGCCUGGUUGGAGCUGACCAAUGAGGAGUUCCGGGCGAUGGGGAUGCCAGAGCUGGAUGAGGGCACCAUGGAGCGGGUGCUAGAGGAGCUGGAGCAGCGGUGCCAUGACAACAUGAGCCGAGCCAUCGAAUCUGAGGAGGGACUAGGCAUUGAGUACGACGAGGACGUGGUGUGUGAUGUCUGCCAGUCCCCGGAGGGCGAAGACGGCAAUGAGAUGGUCUUCUGUGACAAGUGCGACAUCUGUGUGCACCAGGCCUGCUAUGGGAUUCUCAAGGUGCCCGAGGGCAGCUGGCUGUGUCGCACGUGUGCCCUGGGGGUGCAGCCCCGUUGUCUGCUGUGCCCCAAGAAGGGUGGCGCCAUGAAGCCCACACGCAGCGGGACCAAGUGGGUGCACGUGAGCUGCGCGCUCUGGAUCCCCGAGGUGAGCAUUGGCAGCCCCGAGAAGAUGGAGCCCAUCACCAAGGUGUCCCACAUCCCCAGCAGCCGCUGGGCACUGCUCUGCAGCCUGUGCGAGGACAAGGUUGGAGCCGCCAUCCAGUGCUCCGUGAGGAACUGCCGCACGGCUUUCCACGUUACUUGCGCCUUCGAGCGGGGCUUGGAAAUGAGGACCAUCUUGGCCGACAACGACGAGGUCAAGUUCAAAUCCUACUGCCCCAAGCACAGCUCUCCGCGGCCGCUGGAGGACACACGGGAGGGCGGGGCAGGCGCCGGCUCUUCCUGGGGCUCUGCGCAGCCUCUGCCGGACCGAGACCGGGACCGAGACCGGGGCAGUGCUCGCAAACAGAAGCUGCAGCAGCUGGAGGACGAGUUCUAUACCUUUGUGGACCUGCUGGAUGUUGCUCGGGCACUGCGGCUACCUGAGGACGUGGUGGACUUCGUGUUUCAGUACUGGAAGCUCAAGCGCAAGGUCAACUUCAACCAGCCACUUAUGGCACCCCGGAAGGACGAGAACGACGACCUGGCACAGCGGGAGCAGGAGGCGCUGCUCAGGCGGCUGCAGCUCUUCACGCACCUGCGGCAGGACCUGGAGCGGGUGCGGACACUGACCUACAUGGUGACACGGCGGGAAAAGAUGAAGCGCUCCGUGUGCCGCCUGCAGGAGCACAUCUUCACCCUCCACACUAAACUGCAGGAACAGGAGCGCGUUGCAGGUGUGCUUGCGUCCCCGCCCUGCCCGGCCCUGGACAGCGCUCUCCUGUUUGCCAGCCCUGCGGGCCCAGGUGUCCCGCGCAUAGAAGACCUCAAGUGGCACUCGGCCUUCUUCCGCAAGCGUAUGGGUACCUCGCUGGCACACUCGCUCAAGAAGUCCCCCAAGAAGGUCGGCGCUGCGGGGGGUACGCUGCUGAAGGCCCCAUCGCUGGUGCCCCCGAGCCUGCUGAGCCUGGAGAAAACCCUGGCCGAGGCCCGGCUCCUGCUGACCCCGCCGAGAAAUGGCGUGGGGACCCCAGGGGCCCCAGAUGGCCGCAAGCCCAACCUGCGCCUCCAGCAGCGGCCGUGCAGACCUGCACAUGCCCUGCACGGGGAUCGGGCCCGGGGCCCCAUGAGGAGGGAGGCGACGCCCGUGCGCCCCAGCGCCCCCCUAUCCCCAGCCAAAGUGCCUACCACCCCCGCCGGCCCGGGGAAGAACUGGGGGGGCUUCCGGAUUCCAAAGAAGGGGGAACGGCCGCCUCAGGGUGAGGCCUGCCCCCCACACUCGGACUGCCCCUGCCUGGGCCUCAGUCGCCUACCGGCCACCGACAGGCUGCACAGCCCGCUGGCGGCGGACCCGGACAACGAUGGCUAUGUGCCUGACGGGGAGCUGAGUGACUCCGAGAGCGAGGCCUCCGCCAAGACCUUUGGCCUGGGCCGCAGGACAGACGCCAUCCGCAGGAGCAUCCUGGCCUCCUGAUGGUGGCCGUCUCUGCCGUUUCCCAAAGCACAAAUGCGGCCCCUGACCCACCCAACCCCACACCCAACCAGCUGGGCCGCUAGGGUCAGGAGAGGCCUCAGCAUAUCCGUCCGGUGUUGCCCGGACCCCCAUGGCUGUGCUGGCUUGUCCAAAAGCUAACAUGUAAAUAGAGCCAAUGGGGGGCCGGGCCUGAGGGUCAGCGGGGGAGAUUCAGGGUGAAGGAACGGCUGGUGACCAUCCCCGAUGCCUGACCUCCAGCAGGACAAUGUCGACUGGCAUUUAAGCCAUGAGCUUCCCGGCUCUGGGCCCAGCAUAUCUCUGAGCCGACUACUGGUACUUACGUCCAGGAAUCCAACUUCCCAUGUGGAUGGAUUCCUUCAGAAGAGAGAAAAAAAACUAUAAAUAAAAAGCAAAACAGGUUAUAUAUAUGGAAAACUGUUGAGAGGCAAUAAACUGCGCCGGCCUUUGACCCCGACAAGGCCAGACAGGAGGGAGCCGAGGUGUGUGGUAGCAUUCCUGGAGUCGGGAUUUUCAGCUGGGACUUUCCAGUUGUAAGCGGCAAUAGCAAGUUCUCAGCAAUAAUCAAUUUAGCGUUGACUUUAAGUCUGGUCUUGUUUUGCGCUCUCGGCAGUGCAUCUACCGAGAUGGCCGAGAGAGCCUUCAGGGUCCGUUUCUUUUCUUUGCAAUUCAGUGUAGCUGCGACUCAAACUUGAGAGUUCAGUUGUGAUGCAGUGUAGGAUUCCGGGCACCACAAACGAGCCUCCAGGGUCCCCUGUGUGCCCCCUCAGUUUGUUAAUGUCAGUAUUCAGUCUUGAUUCAUCUCCAUGCCUGUUUCCAGGGGUAGGGAUGUUCUGAUUCUUUUUGAAGAAUUCUCAGAGUUCUCUAGUUCCCUCCUGUCUUCCAUGGGACCCGCAGCCGCAUGCCAGGCGUGGUGGAUUUUGAUGAGAGGAUUAGCAGGAAGACCUGAUGCAGGCCUUGGGGAGUUUUCAAAUCCAGCAUUUCCUUUCGCCAUUGGUUUUUGUAAGGCAGGUUGGACAGAAAGGGACGACCCAGUUUUGACUUUCUGAGUGAGGGGCUUGUCAGAAUGCUGUGUUGGGAAGCUGCUGCUACAGAGAUGGAUGGUUCUUAGGAAUUCGAGUUGCACAUUCACAGCGUCACUUAAAAAAUGGGUUUUGUUUUGCAUUCGAGCAGCUGCCUUUGGCUGUGUAGACAGAGGUGGGCCCUGCCUGCAUCAGCCUGGCCGAGCUCUGCAGAGGAUGGAGGAGGGCACUGUGUCAAGCCAUAGAAAGGAAACCUAAAUCAAUUCUCGGGAGUGGACGGCCUCCCCAAAUCGGAGGCCCCAGAUUCAUUUGCACUAUUAAGAAUGCUAGUUUUGUGCAAAAAGGAAAAAAAAUGCCUUACCUGUUUUUUCCCCACAUUUAGGUUGAAAAGCUUUCAAGAGUUCCAAGUUAUGCUGAACCAAAAAAACAAAAACCAAAAUGAAAACAAACACUAGACAGAACACACACAGAGACCGCCUACCCUUAUGGUUCCUUCUCAGAAAGGCAGGGUUGGGGUGUAGGGUACGAAGGCAUGGUUCUCUGACAGUGUGGUGGCAGGAUGGGUGGGUGGUCACACUGAGGAGUUGGGGGACCCGGGUCUUGGCCAGUGCCAGCUGUACCCCCCACCUUCUGUGCGCUGCCUUCACUGAACCAUUGGCUCUUUGCAUUUCUCUUUUCUUUCCUUUAAAAAGAAUUUCUCUUUCCUUGUGCAUCUUGACCAAGAAAUAUCUUUGAUUAUGAUCAAUGUAUUAUGUCCAAAUGUAGGUUAGUUAAACUUCUGUAAAGUUGCCUGGAAUGUCAUUUGUUAGGUUAUAAAACACAAGUUGGAAAUGAAGGUUCUAUGUGUUUUGUUGAAUUAUUUGAAAAUGGACAAAUCUGUCAUCACAUUUGUCCCCCUGUACAGAGGAGAGGAUCUUUCACUACGUGCCUAGCCUGGUGUCCAUUCAGCUAAUAUCGAAGAAAAAAAAAAAGGUGCAUGAAGAGUUAAGAAAAAUCAGAAAUUAAAGCCUAUGUAGAGAUAACUAUUUUAUAUUAUAUCACCCAAUCCUGUAUUUAUUUCCGGUCCCAUUUGGGAAAGUAUUUAUAAAAUUAGUCGAGGACACCUGUAUUUUUUGGUUGAACUAUUUAGUAGAAUUGUGCCUUUUUGUCUGUGAAUAAAUGCUGUACAUUUUGCAAUACA